GAUGUUGGGUUUUUGUGUCAGAGCCUCGAAACAUCGAAGAAAAUAGUUGCUAUUACCGGCGCGGGCAUCUCGGUCGCCUCUGGUAUUCCUGACUUUCGAUCCGCCAAUGGCCUGUUCCAAGGAUUUGCCUCCAAGACUAAUGGUUCGGGGAAAAACCUUUUUGACUACAAUGUCUUCCGCUCGCCAGAAUCGCUCAAAGAAUUCGAAAAGAUGAUUCGUAAAUUAUACACACUGUCUGUUGAAUGUGAACCUUCGCCUUUCCAUCGGUUGCUUGACAGAAUUUCGCAAGAUGGUCGUCUUCUCAGACUUUACACACAAAACAUAGAUUGCCUAGACACACAGCUCCCCCAUCUCGAGACGAGGGUUCCGUUGACUUUUCAGAAACCAUAUCCAAGGACAAUACAACUACACGGAAAUAUCAAGCUUUUAAAUUGCUCCAAAUGUCAUCAUGUGAAAGAAUUAGAUGAAUCCUAUUUUAACGAAAACAGCAUGCUGAUCCGUGAUUGUCCAGAGUGCGAGGAGCUAAACGCCGUGCGCGCGGUUGCUGGACGCAGGGUUCAGUCAGGAGGGGUUCUAAGACCCCGAAUCGUGUUGUAUAAUGAGUUUCAUCCUGACGGAGAGAUAAUAGGCAACAUCACCGAGUCAGACUUAAAAACCCGCCCCGACUGUCUUCUCGUUGUGGGGACAACGCUAAAGAUUCCAGGGGUGCGAAGACUGGUGAAGGAAAUGGCCAAAGUGGUGCAUUCGAAAAACGGAAGCGUUAUAUGGAUAAAUAUUGAGGAGCCCACACAAUCCAUUGUGGACUAUGUUGAGCAUUUCGACCUUAUAGUGACUGGCAGCUGUCAAGAGAUCCCAGUUCUUUUG